AUGGGCUCACUGUUCUCAAAGGACAAGAAGCAAAAGAAUGAGGAGCGAAAGGGAAUCGGUUCAGCGCCUUCUAGGUUGGAGGGUCUUGAUGGAACGACGCCCCCUGAUGUCCCUGAGGUCCCGAAGCGAGCGCUUACCCCGGACACGGCGUCGAGGCAGAAGUCCGUCAGCCCCGUUGCAGUAUCCGCUGCAGCUGAUUCACCAUCACCAGCUUCGACAACUUCACCAACCGAGGAGAAGAAGCUGCCUCUGGUAGCCCGCGAGGAGUCGUCACGUGCGCCUGGCCUUGCACCUGGGGCUCGUGGUGUGUCUCAGGCUGAGCCUGAGGAAGCGCCAGAUGAUGCACUUGAGCCCUCGUCAGAGGCAGAGGCUUCAGCCCCUCCUCUAGCAGCUACCGAGUGCCAAACGCCAACCAAGCGAGCUCCUAAGAAAAUAGAUUAUGUGGGCGCACAGUCGGAUGGCACAAAGCUGGCUGCGGACCUGCCAGCGGCCGUGCAAGUGCCUGAGGAGGCUUCGGGGUGGACUGCUGUCCUUGGUGAAAGCACAGUGCGCAGCCUUCAUUCCCCAGACUGGAAAACGCGUGAGCAAGCGCUGCAGGCUGUCAUGCGCAAUCUGGGCAAUGCGCGAUUCAAUGCGGAGCAUGGAGCGGAGGACAUCUGGAUAACUGUAACCCAGCUGCUGGAUAAGGCGCUGAAGGACAAGGUUGCGCCGCUAUACUAUUCGGCUCUGGAGUUGCUCUCGACGUUGGUGUCCAGCUACUCCACCCAGUUACCAUUUAGCGUCCUCUCGCAAGGCCUCGAGCCGCUGAUGCCGACCUUGCUGCAUCGAGUAGGCAACAAUAAUGCUCGUAUCCAGCCCUCGCUGGGGUUGGCGUUCCUGGCCCCCCACGCAUUGAGCGCUAUCCCCAAGAAGUCUCAGAUGGGCGCUGCUGCCGCCUCCCAGAUGGCUGGCCGGCUGGAGCUCAUCACGUGCAUGCUCAAUGUUCAGGUGCAGCAACAAAUGGGCUUUGGCACGGCGGGGCGCACGGCGGGGGCUGGCGGACGCGGCGUGCCGGAUGCACUGCCAGCCGAGGAGAUUGUGUGUUUUACGCGACCAGCACUGGAUAUGCCGGACGACAAGGUCCGCGCCGCGGCGGUGCGGCUUGUGGCGGAGGUGUACCGCGGCCGCAAGGCGGCAGGACAGGCGUUUGAAGUGGAAAAGAUGCUGGGCGGCGGCGUCAAGCCUGCGUUGCUGCAGGUGCUGCACCGCCGUUUCACGGAAGUGGACGAAGAGAUUGCGGGCGGGGGCGCACGCGCAGCUGGCAACGAGGACGUGCCCGUGGGCCCCGGCAUUACCAUCAAGGCGCCAGGCUCCGGUGGCCGUGCCGCAACGCUGCCGCCGCUGAACGGCCGAUUUGGGGCGUUGCCGGCGCUGGCGGUCAAGGGCAGCCGGCCCGGCGCGGGUGCCCUGGGCGGACCGCCAUUCAGUGCAGGCAAUGCCGGGACUGGGGGCCUGGCGGCUUCAUCCUCGGACCCGCUGGGCCGACCGCCUCGGACGCCGCUAUCACCCGGUAGCGCCGGAGGAUCGCGCGGCGGCCGCACGCCGCCGCGCACAGGCGGGCCUAGAGCGCCGUCGCCCAUGCGCGGAGGCUCGCCCAUGCGGGCGAGCCGCGGCGACCCCAUGGCUCCUGGUGCACUCCUGCCGGGAUCUUUGCCCGACAGCGACGGAGCCGACGUGCUGAUGAUUCAGUCGGGCACGUCCACUCCUGUGCGUGGUAACAGCAGCCAAUCGGUGCGCAACACCAGCAGCCAGUCUAACAGGGGGCACAACUCCCUCAAGCCGCGAAGCCGUGAGAGCUGCACGGGGCGAGGCAACCAAUUGGACGAUGCGGAGGAACAGUUGAUAGAGUACAUCCUCAAUGAUGAGGCGCGGGCAGCAGCAUGAGUAUGGGCCAGUAGUCGACGCUGCGCUCGUGCCGAGGGGGCAUGGCCUGGCGUGGUCGCGGCAGCGAAAUGGCCAAGGGACCGGACGCGUCUUGCGGUUUAGGAGAAGGGGCCGGCAGCAGCUCCCGCCCGCGGAGCACGCGUUGUAUAUUUGGCGGAUCCAGUAGGGUUGACUUCUUGCGUGUGGAGGAGGUGCGUGUGCUGGCAACUGGGGUUAGCCGUCGUAACGCCAUAGCAGGGGCUGUUACGGUCUGUUGAUGAAGGUGGGGAUAUGUGGUAGGGGCAGGCAGGCCAACGGGGAGAGAUGCUAUUAGACGAACUAGGGUCCCCUUGUGAAGACGCGUCGCUGUUGUCCUUGGGCCCACGUGUGCGCGCUUGGGUGCAUGAGACAGCGAGGGGAGGAAGAGGUGCACAGCGGGGUGUACAGGCAAGUGCCGUGUUGGGAAGAGUGGCACUGAUGACCGGAAGCUCCAUGCUGGCGCCCGCCCGCCGGCGCCGGUGAUUUCUGAGCGCACGGUGAUGAGCGGAAACCGCUGCUGCAAAACCGCAGAGGCCGCUUGUGUUUGCCUUGCGGGAUCGUGUACAAAGACUAGGUGCUAGGUGUAAUAUCAAGUGGUAAUGCAGAUAGGUAGGGGGGCGGCUGCGGAGGAACGUAUUGACGACGCGCAUCCCUCUCCCCUGCUCUCUCCCUCUUGCGGGAGGGAGCAGAAGCGGUUGUGCUCGGACCGGCGAGCGGAAGACGGUAGCCAGGCCAGGGGGAAAAUCGGACUGGGCUGGCAAGACUGAGAUGGCAAAGACCCACUGGGUGUGAGCCCAUUUUCGUUGAGUUUCAACUGUUAACCGUCAACCUUUGUCAGCUGUCAACAUAUUGAAUGCCC